ACAGCGCCGGACACGAUCCGCUUUCUUUCCCAUGUUGUGAAGCGUCCUCAGGCUCACACUAGUCACAGUGCUCGCCCCGGCCCCCGCCCCCGCCCCCGCCACGCCACCAACGGGCGGGCAGCGGCGUCGGAUGCCCCCAGAUCUCACGCGCCCCACCACACCCGCGGCUGCUCUGCUGCUAUUCACGACGAGUGCCACUGCCCCCCCGCGCGAGCAACACCGCCUCCUCGGCCACCCAUCCGCAGGCCGAGCCGGCCGCGUCCGCCCAUGGCGCGCCCCGGCAGCCACCGCGCCCGCCGCCCGCCGCCUCCGGCCAGCCCCGAGCCGCAGGUAGCCGCCGCCACGCCCCCGCGGCCCGGGUCCGCCUCCCGCCGCCGCGCCCGCCGGGUCCGCGUCCAGAGCCCCUCCCUCGCGGCCGCCCGCCGCGGGGCCGCCCCGCCGACGCCUCCGCCGAAGCCCCCUCCGGAGACCCCGCCGGUCCGGUGGCCCCUGGACGCCGGCGACGCCGGCGCUCGCUCCGCCUCCCGUCCCGCGGCGGGCGCGGGCCUGUCGGUGCGGGAGAUCGCCGCGGCGCUGUGGCGAAUGCAGCCGCCGCAGGCGCCGCCGCUGGGGCCCGGGAGGUCGCGACGGAGGGCUGAGCCUAGUUCAAAGCACCCGCACACGCCUGAUCAUUGUCAGCACUACAAAGCAGUUAUCCAAGGCAGGACAGGGAAUAGGACUGUUAACAAUGAGAUGGAAGCUCAUUCUGCAGUGCGUCAGAUAGAACCAGAAAUGGCAACAAAGUGGAACCAUCGAUUCAUGAAAGCUUCCCGGGUUGUGGAUGAUGAUUACUUUGAACACAAUCUGAGGGAUACUGGUGGAGAAAUCUAUUCACUAAAGGAGGAGCUUAUGGUGGCUCAGGACCGGAUUCAUGAGCUUGAAGCAGAGUGUCGAUCUACAAAGAAGCAGCUUGAUCACCUGUUGAAGAAUCUUGCUGAGGAAAAGGCUUCAUGGAAGAGUAGGGAGCACGGUAAGGUUCACCAUAUCCUAGAUGCUGUCAAGGAGGAACUCAAUCGGGAGAGGAAACAGAGACAGCGUGCAGAAAUGAUGAAUUCCAAACUCCUCAAUGAUCUGUCUGAGAUGAAGCUUGCUGCAAAGAGUUAUUUGCAAGAUUAUGAGAAGGAAAGGAAGGCUCGGGUGCUCAUGGAAGAGGUUUGUGAUGAAUUAGCAAAGGAGAUUGCAGAAGACAAAGCUGAGGUUGAGGCUAUGAGAAGUGAAUCGAUGAAGAUCAGAGAUGAAUUGGAGGAAGAGAAGAAGAUGCUUCAGAUGGCUGAAGUUUGGCGUGAAGAGAGGGUGCAAAUGAAGCUUGUUGAUGCAAAGCUGACACUUGAGAACAAGUAUUCUCAGCUGAGUAAACUUCAGGAUGAGCUUGAGGAUUUGCUUCAUUCCCAGCCAGGCAGUAAUAAUAUGGAAAAUGGAACAGUAAGGGAAGCAGAAAGGCUCAGGGAAGCAAUCUGCUCUAUGAAGAUCAACGGUAUCAAGGAAUUUUCUUACAUACCCCCUCCUCCUACAGAGGACAUUUUUGCUGUAUUCGAAGAACUCAAGCAGAGGGAAGAUACUGCUGAGAAAGUGAUUGUGCAAUGUAAUGGAAAUAGGUCCAAGAGUUCUGCAUCAAAAGCCCAUACAGUUAGUCCUGAAACUGACAUAUUCUUGGAGAAUCACAAAAGCAGACAUUGCAAUCGGCCUCGCACCUGUAAUGAGGAAGUGGAAGAUGAAAGUGGAUGGGAAACAGUCAGCCAAGUUGAGGAGAACAGCUAUAGCAAUUCACCAGGCGGAAGUGAACCAUCUGUAAAUGGCUUCUGUGGAGAAAACGAUGCUUCAGUGAGUGGGACUGAUUGGGAUGAAAACUGUGACAAUGACCAGGCACAUAGUGAGAUCAGUGAAGUUUGUUCAGCAACAGCAGGGAGGUCUCGGAACAAAAGAUCAUUCGCUGGACUCUGGAGAUCAUCAAACAGUGUCGACCAAAAGAAAAUGGGAUCCAAUAUACUCAAUGGUAGAUUAUCGAACGCCAGGAUGUCAAAUGUUGCCGAAUCUCCCGAUCUAAAGAACGGUGAAGUGUGUGACAGUCCGCAAAGUGCAGGGCAAUGGAGGCCAGACCUGCUGAACCCGGACAUCGUUCGAGCCAUAAAAGGAUGCAUUGAAUGGCCCCGAGGAGUGCAGAAGCACAACUUGAAGUCCAAGCUUCUGGAGGCAAGGAUUGACAGCAGUAAGGUCCAACUGCGUCAAGCAUUGAAGCAGAAGAUAUAGCAUCGUCAGUCACAUUCCAGAUGGAAACAGGAUAUCAUGAUGCCUCUGCUCGUGGGGCUGCUUCAGCUGGAACAGGCAGCGCCCCGCGAGAGGAAUUGUUGCAGCAGCGGUUGGCAACUGGGUGUUAUGAUUUGGCGGUACCUGAUUGAUGGCUGACGGACCACCUACUAGCCUAAAUGAAAUUGUUAGCCCGGUGUAAUCACGACUGUCCUGUGUAGAAGUAUUUUAAUCAAUAAGCAAUGCAAUCAUUGGACCACACUAA